AUUCAUUUGUUUCUCGGAAAACAGAUACGUCGAAACUGAUAUGGGUGAAUGUCAUUAUUCUAAGAAACGAUCGUUACUUCACGAAGUUAAGGAGCAUCAAGAAUGAAGAUUAUCGAGUUUUACAUCCCAUUCUUUAUAUGUUUCGUGCCAGCUCUGGUAACAGGUUUAAGCACCAUCCAACCGAGACAAUCCAGUGCUACAACGACAGAGGGGGCAAGUUUUCUCUUCGAAUGGGAUUUUCAUCUUCAAGAUGAGGACAAAAUAGAACUAACAGGGUUCAUUUUUGGUCUUUGGGUGAAUGGGUAUACCACGCAUUAUCUUAUGACGGUAACCAAGGAGGGAAGAGUGAUUCAUAAUCCUCAGUUGAGCAAGAAACUUCCUAGUUACGUCGGGCGAGUCACUUGGGCAGGAAACAUAUUAAAAUCGUAUUUGGCCUAUAAGUUGGAGAAUCUGACUUACUCGGAUAGCAACACAUACGGAUGUCAAAUUGACGUGGGAGGUUUCCGACGAACAAUUCAUUCUAUGAUCACUUUAAAUGUCCAGGCGAUAAAUACAUCAAAGACACCUGAACUGAGUGUCUCUUCCAUAUGGGUCCAUACUCCCAAUGCUACAUCGAGCACAUUUGUUCCAUUAUUAAAAGGAGGACCUCCAGCUGUAGUAAGACUUCCUUUCCACGACAUUGACAUCAAUGACACGAGGUUUUUAUGCACCUGGGAAUACCCUAAAGACAAUAAUGGAGCCAAUAUAACUAUGUUUACCGUGUUGUAUCGCCCAUUACUUCGGGAAAAAUGGUCUAAAGUGAAUGUUACACAAAACAGAUACUCAGUUAGACUGAAUUGCUGCUUGACAUACGAGAUUAUGGUAACAGCUUGGAAUAAGAAGGGUCAGAGCUCUUUUGAUCCUAGAACAGCAGCAAGGGUCACAGUUCUCAAAGGAGCAACUGCUUCCCCUAAGAGUGUCCUGGAAAAUGCAACAGCCCGAAGUGUAACAACUUUGAAUUCAAACAUUUUGGUGUCAAAUGGGAAAGCCGGCUCCGCGAAGUCAAAGUGGGAAUUAGGGGUUGAGUACUUACCUUACCUGUCAGUCCUUGCCAUUCCUGCAUUUCUUUGGGCUGUGACUUCCAAGCUCCGAAGGAGAACUGGAGUGAAUAAAAUCUCAGCAAACGAGAAUGGAACAGUAAUGCAAUACCAGCGGGUAGAAGCUGAAACAGUGCCGAUGGAUCCGGUUCCGUCCUGGGAGUUUCGGAAGGAAGACUUGGAGAUUGAUAGAGUAGUUGGCCACGGUGCGUUUGGAGUGGUCUCCAAAGCCUACGCUCGAUAUCUGCAGGGCUACUCAGAAUGGACAGUUGUGGCAGUAAAAAGCUUGCAGGAGGAUGCGAAGGAAAGUGAAAGAGAAGAUCUGUUGUCUGAAUUAAACCUUUUAAAGAGGCUGAAACCUCAUCCACAUGUAAUAAAACUUUUGGGUUGCAUCACAGAAGAAAAAGAAACCCCAUAUGUAAUCAUUGAGUAUGUACCUUACGGAGAUCUUCUCGGUUAUCUUCGGAGAAGUCGAGGGUUGCACGACUGUUACUACGAAUAUCCCGAGAUAAAACCAACGACGAACCUAACUUCAGAGCAGAUCAUAACGUUCGCCUGGCAGAUAGCUGACGGCAUGCAGUAUAUCUCAUCUAAAAGGAUCAUCCACCGAGACCUAGCAGCAAGGAAUGUAUUAGUUGGUGAUAACCUCAGAUGCAAGAUUACAGAUUUUGGAAUGGCUCGCGAUGCUGAUAUGAAAGAUAUUUAUGUACCACGUAAUCAGGGCCGAAUUCCUGUUAAAUGGACAGCAAUUGAAGCAAUGUCUGGAAGGAUGGAGUACUCAACGAAAAGUGACGUGUGGAGUUUUGGAAUCGUUCUAUACGAGAUUUGCACCAUUGGCGCUGAACCUUAUCCAGGAAUAAGUCCGUAUGACAUUCCAAGAGUAUUACAAGAGGGGUAUAGAAUUCCUAAACCUGAUUAUUUUAAGGAUGAGUUAUAUAAUAUCAUGCUGAAUUGUUGGGAAACAGACCCUGAAAUAAGACCGUCAUUUGAGUCAUUGCGCUCUUCCAUCAGAGGAUUACUGAAGGCUAAUCAGAAUUAUGUCAACAUACAAGACUGCCUUGAAACUCACCAAAGUAAAAUUAGUUUAUGACAGUCAAAGUGGCUCUUAGAGUAAAGAUGAGACAAUUUCCGAUUUCCUACUGGGCCGCUGGUUUACAUAUCAUAAUACUGAAUAUUAAUUCUUAGAAAGAACUGGCAUAGAUACCGUCGUCUUUCAGCGUCUGUGAAGGACAUCCACGUACCAGCUCGUAUCCACUAGCGAGGCACCACUGGUAUCAAAAGAACGUCCACGCUCAGAGAAAUAGCAUCUUGAUUAUGCCACAAAAGUUCACUUUAGUCACGGGAACCAUACCACAUCAAAUAAAAAGCACAAUUACUUGAAUGUCCCAAAUGCCAAAAGAUUUUCAUUUUUUUAACAUAGUAUGAGCUCUACUUUCUACGCUUCAAAAUGGUCAGUUCUGUCGGCAAGAUUUUAAAAAAAGCACCCAACACGAUUGUAUUUACUAGUGAUCUCUUAAUUGUGAGUGACGUAGUUUACGUAAGAUAUUUGGUUCUGGUUUUCUUUAAAGUAAAUGGAAAACGGACUACCGACUUAUUUGAUGCCUGACUACAAUUGAGGCGGUCGUCUGAGUCCCCCCUGCGUGAGGUCUUACAGCAAUUUUUAACAUGUAGUUACUGCCGUUUCUAACAUUGUGAAGUCUCUUUUAUUCGCUAGUAUGGGUGAUCGAAUGUCUGAUUCCGAGUGCAAUUUAAAUCAAGUAAUCGUGGUUUUAUAGCCACCCGAAAGAAGUGAAUAAAGAAAAAGGAUCCGUUCUGUAAAUAAUAAUUUAUUUGUUAUGAGUAAUUGUUGUAAAUAUAAGCUUCGAGAGAUUUCCAGAUUUCUUAGUCAUGCUGACUUGCAUGCCAUAAAACUAUCCAGAACAUUUCAUCAAGUCACGCAUUUAUUAAGUAAUACUACUAAAAUAGUUCUUAUGUAAGCUUCUGGAAUGUUCCAGAACACUUUGCGAAUAUAUAUAAAGACUCACUUAUGUAGCAGUAGCAGUGGUUGUUGUUGUUGUUGGAGCGACGACUGUUUUGAAAGCUAGCUCAAGCGGAAGAUAGCUCACCUCAAGGAACUUUGGAGACAGCAGUGAGAUUUUGUCAGUGGUGAGCUAGGAUAUAGACUGUAGUGGGCUUGAUUAGUUUAUUAACGACAAGUAUUGUACUGCUUUAAGGAGUCGAUCCUUGUUAAGAACAUUACUCGCUGUUUAAUAAAGUAGUUUAGUUUUUGGGAUUGUAGUGUUUUUCUGUCGGUUAGAUUUUACCGAAAUGUACUAGACUUAGUUAUCAUUGCUACCAAUUAUAAUACAGUAGGCGAUCGAUAACAGAUGAAUUUGUGAAGUGGAUCAUCCACUGAAAAUAAUAAUUAAAAUGAUAUGAAAUUUUCCUUCAUCAUGAUUCGUAUAUACAAUUCGAUCGCCUGUGGAAUAAAAUUAAUGAACUUUCAAAAUA